AGCGAAUCAGGCGAAAGAAAGCCGGAAGCAGAACCCUGUGAGAGGAACACAAAGCCCCCAAAGCUCUCUACUCUGAAGCUCUCAGUUUCUUAUCGGAAGGCUGUUCUCGCCGUUUUGAGCUCGGAAAGGUUUGGGAAUCCCGAGGCGCCGUGAACCCGGGGUUUAGGGUUUCGGAAACUUAGCCGGAUCUGUGGCCGAUCAGUGAGUUAGGGUUUUAGCGGAGAAUUUUACAAAAUAGUCCACUGCGAUUGCAUGCUUUGAGAGUUGGAGGAAGCAAUGGCGAGUUCGUAUCCUGGACCUGUUAGUGCUGUUCAGGUAGGGUCGUACUUUGUGGGACAGUACUACCAGGUUCUUCAGCAGCAACCCGAUCUUGUUCAUCAGUUUUAUUCUGAUGGCAGCACCAUGAUUCGUGUCGAUGGCGAUUCGACAGAAUCUGCUAAUGAAAUGCUGCAAAUUCAUACGCUCAUAUUGUCGCAGUAUUUUACUUCGAUUGAGAUCAAGACUAUCAAUUCCAUCAAUUCCUUGGGUGGAGGUGUUCUUGUGAUGGUUACCGGUUCUGUUAAGUCCAAGGAAUUCAAUGGGAGGAGGAAGUUUGUCCAGACCUUCUUUCUGGCUCCUCAGAAUAAAGGAUACUAUGUUCUCAAUGAUAUCUUCCAGUUUCUCGAGGAUGAGGUAGUUUUACAGCAUCCUGCAAACAUGAUAUCGGAGGGCCAAUUCGAUAUUCAACUAAAUGCUUCUAGCCCUCAUCGAGAACCGCCAGUUUCCGACUAUGUUCUGGAGGAAGAGGCCAGGGAGUAUGUGAACUCUGUCGACAUAGAAGACGAUCCAGUUGAUAAGUAUAGUCUGCCAGAGCAACAGGUACAGCAAGAAUUUGAGACUGAAGUGGUGGUGGAGGAAACUCCUCAAGAGGAGACCUAUGCCUCAUUUCAAAGUGCGGUGAACACUGUGCAAGACACUCCUGUUGUUUCUGUGGAGGAACCAGUGGGAGAACCUCAGAAGAAGACUUGGGCUUCUAUAUUGCGAGUUGCUAAGGGACCGUCAGCACCAGAAGUAACUCAACAACCCUCUUCUAGAAGUGUUCAAACUGCUCCAGAUUGGAAUCACAUCCCUCAGCCCCCUGUUGAACAAUCAAACUCUGCUUCAGACUGGAGUUACACACCUCAGCCCACUGUAGAAGCAGCAGAGGAGAGUUACAUGCCAGAGGAAGAAGGUGAAAUGAAAUCGGUGUACGUAAGAAACUUACCUCCUACAGUUACCGAAGGUGAAAUCGAGGAAGAGUUUAAGCACUUUGGUCAAAUAAUACCUGAUGGCGUCUUUGUUAGGGCUCGCAAGGAAAUUGGAGUCUGCUAUGCUUUUGUUGAAUUUGAAGACAUGGUUGGUGUUCACAAUGCCCUCAAGGCAUCUCCAAUUCAUUUGGCUGGAAGACAAGUGUACAUUGAGGAGCGAAGACCGAACAGCACCGGUGCUGCUCGAGGAAGAGGAAGGGGGAGAGGCAGAAGCAGUUACCCAAUUGAUGCCACAAGGGGGCGUUUUGGAGGUCGUAGUUCGGGCAGAGGUAGUUACCAGGAUAGUGGCGACUACAAUAGAGGGAGAGGCAAUGGCUUUUAUCAGCGUGGUACACGAUAAGUGGUUUUGGAAGUUCUGAAUCCACGCAAGGAAUAUAUCCAAGGAAAAGUUCCUCGAGGUGCGGAUUCCAGGUCCAAUGUUUUCCGCUAGAUGUUUCAUGAAAUGUAUUUGUACUUUUUCGAGUGUCAUUUUACAUGAGCUGAUAAGUUUAUGUGGACAAUUCAGUCUCCGUUUCUGGGUAUAUGUUUUCUCCCCCCCCCCCCCCCUUGGCUUGUUUUUAUCAUGCAAUUCAAGUGGGAAAUUUUGAGGCCAUUGAGGCCCCAAGUUGUGAGGGAAUAUGAUCAAGAUGUUUGUUUCAUGUUAUUCCAAGUUAUUCUAUAAGAAGCGUUUCUGAUUUUGAUA